GCAAUUAUUUGGAUUUGUAAAUAUAUUGUUCAAUGUAAUAUAAAUUUUUAUUAAUUGAAAAUAUUAUCUAAAAAGAAUACUGGCUGAAGUUAAAUUUGUCAACUACAUAUUGAUAAAUUUCAGUUGAUAAUUUUUCUUGUCAAUAUGAUUUCAAAAAGUUUCCCUCGUGGUGAUAAGAAAUUGGAUAAAUCAUCUAAUACUUCAUUUACUAAAAAUAAAUUACAAAAGAAAAAAACAAACUGGCAAACAAAAUUUUUAAAUAAGAGUAAAGAAACAGAUGAAACUGUUUUGUUGAAUGUUGCCCACAAUUUAAAAUAUUCAACUUUAUGUGAAGGAAUGAUCAUACUGGGACGUAUAUUCAAAAUAACAGAUUACUAUGCUAUUGUUUCACUACCUGGACAAAUAAGUGGAAAGCUUAAAGCAACCGAUUUAUGUAAAAGCUAUACUAACUUGCUAAAAGAUAUUGCAGAUAAUAACAUGAUUUCAGAUGAUUUUAAAACUAUGUCGCAUAUUUAUAAGCAAGGAGAUUAUAUAAUUUGUUAUGUUAAAGGAAUAAAUUUCCAAACUAGAAAAGUAUUUUUGUCUGUAGAGCCUCAGUUGAUUAAUGAAAAAAUAAAUCUUAGUUUUUUGACAGAACAUUCAAAACUGGUUUUUACUAUAAGCAGCGUUGAAGAUCAUGGAUACGUUUUAGAAACAGGUUUGAAAAAUGUUAGAGCUUUUUUAUCCGCCGGAGAUGUUGAAGAUAAUAAACUAAAACUUAACAUCGGAAAACAAGUGUUAGGUUCAAUAAAAGACAUAAGAAAAGACGACCAAAUAUUUAAUGCUCUGGUAUCUUUAAGACAUUCAAAUCAUAUUGAAUCAAAUGGUUUACCAUUUGACAAUUUUGUUCCAGGAACACGAUUAACUUUAAUAGUUAAAAAAGUUUUAAAGAAUGGAUUACAAGUAUGCUUUGGUACAAAUGAAAUAGGUUAUGUUAAUCAAUUUUAUAUAGAACAAGCUUUAUCACAUUUUGAAAAAGGACAAAAGCUUAUUGGUACAUUAAUUUACACUAUUCCUAUGAUAAAAUUAGCAUAUUUUUCUUUAUUAUCUCAAGAGAAAGAAAAUAAACUAGUAUUACUUGGAGAUGUAAUAGAAGCACAGACAUUAACACGUGAUUCGAAAGGAAUCAUUGUACAAUUAAAGAAAGGAAUUCGCGGAUAUAUCCCUUUAAAACGAACAGAGAUUGACUUCAAAAAACUUCAAUCAGUGUUUGCUUUCAAUUCUGUUCACAAAUGUAAAGUAAUAGGUUACGAUUCUAUAGCAAAGCUAUAUAUAUGUUCCAUGGAAAAAAAAAUAUUGAAAACUAAUUUGAGUGAUUUACGGACUGGAAACGUAGUAAAUGUAUUUAUCACUCAUAUUGAUAAAGAAAAUGGAUAUCUAACUGUUUCUUCUUCUGUUACAGGAAAAAUACUUGGAACAGUACCACCAGAUCAAAUUUUUGAUUCAGGAUCAGGAAAUGAUCUGAAAAUUGGAGAUAAUAUUAAAGCAAGAGUUUUAGACUCAUCAGAAAACAUUGUAUUUACUCUCAAAAAAUCAUUAGUACAUAGCAAGUUGCCAAUUUUAUGUAAGUUUGAAGAUGCUAAAGUUAAUGAAAUUCAUCAUGGAUCUAUUAUAAAAAUCAGUAAUCAAGGUGUUCUUGUUCGUUUUUUUGAUAAUGUAAAAGGUUGGAUACCUAAACGUUUUUUGAAUACCAGAAAUACAUUAAAAAAUUGGAACCUGGUAUUGGGAGAAACUGUCACCACUGUUAUUAAAAAUGUAAAUACUAUUGAAAAUAAAAUAAUAUUGGCACUUUCAAACAAUGAUAUCAAAAUAAAUAUCGAAAUUGGAGAUGUAGUUAAAGGUGUUGUAACAGAUUCUUCAGUUGAUGGUGUUCAUCUUCGAAUUGAAAAGUAUAAUAGUAAUGUUAUGGCUUAUCUUCCUGCAGGUCAUAUGUCCCCUUGUUUAGAAGUUGGUAGGUUACUUGCUGCCAAAACAGUUGCUGGUGAUAAAUUAUCUGUUAUUGUAUUUUCAAUGAAACCAAAUUUAAUUGUGAGUACAACUUUUACACCUGAAAAAACUUACAACAAUAUUAGUGACCUUUCUUCAGGAGAUAAUGUUUUAUGUUCAGUCACUAACAUAUAUAAAGAAUCCAUACAAGUACUGUUGCCAAUCAAAAACUUAAAUAAAUAUGAAGCCGUUUACAUUAAUAAUGUAGAAAACAUUGAAGCAAUGUAUAAAAAUCAAAUGAUAUUUUCUAAAGUCGUACAAGCAGUUGGAGAAACCCAAACAAUCAAUCUAACAACUAAUUUUAGCAAAAUAUGGAAAGAUUUAAGUCCUGAAGUUCAAACGAUGGGUGCUGUUGAUGUCUUAUGUUCAUAUCUUAACAAAACAUUGGAGUUGUCAAAAAAUAUUUUCUACACCAGUAAACCUAUAUGUAAGAUGAACAUUGGUCAGAGAAUCAAAGGUACGAUAGUAGGAGUGAUGAGUGAUGGACUUGUUUUAAAGUUAGAAGGAAAUAUGAAAGGUAUUGUUCGGAAAGAUAAUUUUUUAGAAACUUAUAAAAAUGGUGAACAAGUAGAAGGAUCAGUACUGUGGAUAAAUUAUCCUCAUGAAUACAUAGAGUUAUCAUUGCUUCCUACUGUUAUGAAGAGUAUUAGUAUUAAGCAAAAUAAAUUAGCAAAGAUACCCAUAGGUGUUAUAUUGAGAGGAGAAAUAGUUUUAGUAACAAAUUGGUUUGUGCUAGUUAUUUUAAAAGGUCAUAGUAAAGGCACUUUAGUAACUUUACCUGUUAGAAGACAUUUAAAUGAUAUUGUUCCAGAUUUGUCACCUUAUCAAAUUGGCUGUAAGAUUAGGUGUUACGGGAUUUUAAAUAAGGAUGAUGCAGACAUCUUAUUACCAAUAUGCAUAUUGAAAUCGGUUUUUGAAGUACAUAAUUGCAUGAUAGAAAUGUCCUUCAAGCCUUCACUCGAAUCUAGAAAACGUAAAGCACAAGAAAAUGUAGAUCAUGAAAGAUGUCCAAUAUUAAAAAAAAAAAAGAAAAUUGAUAUAGAAGAUAAUGUUAAAAACAAAAAAAUUGCAAGUGAAGUUCAACAAAUACAUGUUAAACAAGAAGAAUGGAAUAAAAAAUAUAUAGGAGAACAAAGUAAAGAUGAAAUUAUUUCCAUAGAUUAUAAAAAAAAGACAGAAAAGAAGAUUCAAAAACAGCGAGAUUCAUUAGAAGAAAAUAAAACUUUAGAUUUCUCAAAUUUAUCUAUUUCAGAAUGUGGAUUUGACUGGAAUAAUUUGAAAAGUGAACAAACAAUCGACAGAACAAGUGAUACUGAUAUUGAAGCUCCAAAUAAAAAUGAAAAGAAAAAAUUAACCACCACUAGAAGGCAGGAUAUUGAAAUAAUAAAAAAAAGAGAAGUUCAUGAAUAUGAGUUUGCAAGUUGUAACAGUUCUCAAACAGUUCAUCAAUUUGAUAAACUUGUUUUAUCAAAUCCAAAUAAUUCAUUAGUUUACGUGCAGUAUAUGACAUACUAUUUGCAAGUAACAGAAAUAGAAAAGGCAAGAUCAAUAGCUAGACGUGCUUUGAAAACAAUUUGUUUACGUGAAGAAAAUGAAAAAUUAAACAUUUGGAAAGCUUGGUUGAAUUUAGAACUAAAAUUUGGUACAUUGGAAUCAAUAAAAAUGGUAUUUCAAGAAGCUUUAAAAACAACCAAUGCUGAAAGGAUAUGUUUGCACAUGAUAACUUUAUAUCUCAAUGCUGGCAAUCAUGCUGAAAUAGAAAAAAUUGUUAAUAUGAUGGUUGCAAAAUUCAAGCAAAAUUCAGAUAUCUGGAUUAAUUGUGGUGAAGCUAUGUUGAAAAUAGGAUUAAAAGAUAAAUCAAGACUUAUAAUGCAAAGGGCUCUGCAAUCACUACCUAAACAUGAACACAUAGGUUUAAUAGUCAAAUUUGCUACUUUAGAAAGUAAAUUUGGUGACAGAGAACAUUCCAAAACUUUAUUUGAAUCACUAUUGGAAAAGUAUAAAAAUAGAAUUGACAUAUGGUCUUCUUAUGUAGAUUCGUUAGUCAAGUUUGGUGAGAUUGAACUUGCAAGAAAAAUAUUAGAGCGAGCUAUCAAUGAAAUAAUAUCCAUUAGAAAAAUAAAAGUACUUUUUAAAAAAUAUGUAAGUUUUGAGAAAAAAUAUGGAUGUGAGAACAGUGUUUUGCAUGUUCAACAGCUUGCUGCAAAAUAUAUAGAGGAUCAAUAUAAUAAAGUUUCACACAGUUGAACCCAUUUAUCUAAGCAUAACUCACUGUAAUGUACUUCUACUUCAAUAAAUUUUACAAUUAUGUGUUAAC